AUGGCUUGCGAGGACAGCACGUCUUGCGAGGACAGCACGGCUUGCGAGGACAGCACAGCUUGCGAGGACAGCACAGGUUGUGAGGACAGCACAGCUUGCGAGGAGAGUACAGCUUGCGAGGACAGCACAGCUUGCGAGGAGAGCGCAGCUUGCGAGGACAGCACAGCUUGCGAGGACAGCACAGCUUGCGAGGACAGCACAGCUUGCGAGGACGGCACAGCUUGCGAGGACGGCACAGCUUACAAAGACGGCACAGCUUGCGAGGACAGCACAGCUUGCGAGGACAGCACAGCUUGCGAGGACAACACAGGUUGCGGGGACAGCACAGCUUGCGUGGACAGCACAGGUUGCGAGGACAGCACAGCUUGCGAGGACAGCACGGCUUGCGAGGACAGCACAGCUUGCGAAGACAGCACAGCUUGCGAGGACAGCAUAGCUUGCGAGGACAGGACAGCUUGCGAGGACAGCACAGCUUGUGAGGAUGGCUCAGCUUGCGAGGACGGCACAGCUUGCGAGGACGGCACAGCUUGCAAGGACAUCACAGCUUGCGAGGACAGCUCAACUUGA